AAAGAGUUGACCCGAAGGCGUGCACGAUUGUUGUCUGAGGGGUGCCAGCUGAGGGGGUUCCUGCACUCCAAAAUAUAGCCGUUGUAAUAUGACCGUUGUAGGUGGGGCCACGUGACGUGUUCCCGUUGGCCGUCCCGGGCGGGCGUCACCGGUUGGUUGAGGCGGCGAUCUGUAAUGAUGGCUUUUUGCCACCGGGGGCCCAGUUUUCGGCCCAAGCCCGGAGUGGGGGCCCUAUAAAUACCCCUUGGCCAGAGUCAUUCUUCCUUACCCGUCCCUUGUUGUAGCGAAGCUCUAGCAAAAAAUUUCUAGAGAGAGAAACUCCCCUUCGAUCGAACCACACUUCCGAGGUCAGUUCUUCCUCCGCUCUUUGCGCCCUUAGCAUAUUUAGCUUCCCUACUUUUAGUACUAGUGUUUAGGGGCCUUAGUAAGUUCCUCCUUCUAUCCUUUUCUCUCGACCAAAAUGUCGUCCGCGAGUGAUUCCUAAAACAUCUUGGAGGAGCCCUCGGCUGAAGUAGAAAACAUAUCCAAAGUGGAGUCUUCGAGCGAACAACCUUCGGUGAGUGGUGAUUCUGCCGUGGCUAUGGAGGUGCAGAAGGAUCUCGUCACUGAGGCCGAGGCUGAGGACUUUGAACAAGUCAAUGAUGACGAGGAGCUGACCCUCGUUCUUCAAACUGCGGAAGAAGAGGAGGAUAAAGAGAGGCCAAACGUCACCAUCGCCAUCCUUCCCGCACGCAAUGCUGGUGAGGCCAACAUCUCAAGGCCUCUAGACCCGAUGCCUCUCAGGGUGGCCACAGGGAAGAAGAAGAAGGUGAAAGCUGCGCCAAAGAAAAAGCAAGCUGCCGUCGAUGUUGGGCAGCCGGUGGGCAUACCCGAAGGCUACUCCUACCUGAACACGGCCACCUUGGAGGUGAAGACUAAGGCCACACAGGGGGAGUACAUGGCGACACAGUUUCUGGUUGGGCCCUCGGCGCAGGUGGUGGAGCCGGGGCCAGAUGAUGUGCUACUGCAUGCCCCCGCUGGUUGCUUCGCGGUGCAUAUACUCUCGGUGGAGUUGGGCCUCCGGUUCCCUCUUCACCCCUUCGUGCUCGAAUACCUUCGUUUCGUCAAGCUCGCCCCCUGCCAGUUGACGCCCAACAGCCACUCCUAUAUCGCCAGCUUCCUCUCCUUGUGCCGGAGCCGGGGGGUCCCACCAACUUUUGACCAGUUCUUUCUGUUCUUCAACCUCUGCCAGGGAGGGCAUUCAAACGCCGGAGGCUUCGCUAACCUGUAGCAAGUCCCUGAUUUCAGGCUUUUCGAUGAUGUGCCUUCGUCCCAUAAGGGAUGGAAGGAUAAAUUUUGUUAUAUUCGUAUGGCGGAGAACCCUUUCCGUGCCCCACUUCGUGAUAGCUUCCGGAGGCACCCGAAGGUGGGGAGUGCCGCCCUUGAGAAGAACGAGAGAAGGCUUUCUCAGAAGCCGGAGGGGUCAGACAAGCAUGUGCUGAUUAAGGAUGCCACCCUCCCGGACGAUCUCUAUUAUCUGAACUUCCGCCGGUAUCGGUUGAUGGGGGAGAAAGACGAGAAGUACUCUGUCGUCGACAUGGUGUAUCAAAGUGUCGAAGGACCCGAUAUGGACGCCAGAAACCUUGCCAAGCUGAAAAGGCAACUGGCCAAGGAGGGCAAGAAGAAGGAGGCUCCGGCUCAACAGAGGGCCGUAGACAAGAUCUUCUCGAAGGCGGGAACUGG